GUUCGUUUUUUAAACAGUAAAACAUUGCGGCUUCGUUCUUACUGCGGUCGCCUUGUGCAAUCGCAGUGCACACUGCAUUGAAAAAUAAUAAUAAAAGCGUGUUGAUGGCGUUCUUCAUUUUUUCGUCGCACGCUAGAUUACAAACUGGAUCCCCUGUAAAAGUAUAUUCGUUUGUUUAAUUUGAUGAAGAAUCGCAAUCUCCUUAUAGUAAUAUCGAUCAUAGACAUAUGAAUAUCAAGUAACAGCUGUGUGCAAUUGGAUCCCCACAGAUUUUAACCUUUAUCCGUUCUCUUUAAUUUGCGCAAUUGUAUUCCAUUGCUGUACCGAACUCCUGUCGAUCCAAGAUUUAUUUCAGUAUAUAAUUAAGCACAUAAAUUCUGAGAAAGAAUUACUUGUGUUGAAAAUGCCCUGGACAGGAUAUUCCUUAUUAGCCCUCGCCUGCAUUUUUGGUGUGGUGGUGUCAUACGGUGGUGGAUAUGGCGGUGGAGGUUAUGGAGGUGGGGGUUACGGGGGCGGUUACGGUAGCGGCGGCUAUGGUGGUGGCAAUGGUAUUGGCGUUCCCCCAUUCUUUCCCUGGUGGCCAUUCAUUAAUCCCUACGUUGGAUUAAGUUACACUCCAUCAUAUAAUCCCAAAUACAAAGGAAACUAUUACUAUUAUAACGGUGACUAUGAUGGACCGGUCAGAGAAGAGAAUACACCGGUGUCGACGAGUUACGGGUCCAGUUAUGGAUCGUCCGCCUCUAGUUACGGCUCAUCAUCCGGUUAUGGAUCGGCCUCUUCGGGUGGUUACGGUGGCUAUUAGUCAAAGAACGAACUACGAUAUUGUACAUUAACGAACACUGCGAUAUUUCGAACCUGGUUUUCUAACCUGGUUGACCUCUAGAUCUCCGUAUUUUUCGCACGUGCGACAUUCUCUGUAGCCUGUAUAAUUUUGUUUGACCGGAUUUAACUUUCAAAUAUUAUUGUACCUACUUCUUCCAUUCCGAUAAUUGCUCGCUUGCAGAUUCUAUCUGCUGGCCAGAAGCUCCGCUAAUAAAUCUACGCUGAGA